CAAAAAUGGGUUCUCCUUUAUUCCAUGAAUUCAAGAAACAAGCUUCAUUUUUUCUCAAGGAAAAGAUUAGAACUGCUCGGUUAGCUUUAACUGAUGUUACUCCUGCUCAGCUAUUGACUGAAGAAGUUACAAAUGGGAAUACAUGGACACCAGACACCAGUACCCUGGGUUCUAUUUCAAGGGCUGCUUUUGAAUUAGAUGAUUACUGGAGAAUUGUUGAGAUUUUACACAAUAAAUUGGAGAAAUUUGAAAGAAAGAAUUGGCGAAUCUCUUACAAUUCUCUGAUAGUUCUUGAGCAUUUGUUAACUCAUGGACCAGAGAGUACAGCAGAGGAGUUUCAGGGUGAUAAAGAUGUUAUAAUAAAGAUGCAAGGCUUCCAAUGCAUAGAUGAGAAAGGAUUCAAUUGGGGUUUAGCUGUUAGAAACAAAUCAGAGAGAAUACUGAAAUUGCUUCAGAAAGGACCUGUUUUGAAAGAAGAGAGAGCCCGAGCUCGGAAGCUGACAAGAGGGAUCCAAGGUUUUGGGAGUUUCAGCUAUAGAUCCUCGUCAGAAAAAGGAAAUUUAAAGGAUUCACCAUAUGGAAGAAGUAAUUCUGACUUCAACCAUAAUGAAACUCACAAUUCAAAGCACUACAAUGACAACGCACCUUUUGAGGUAGGAAACAAACAUGAGAAUUUCAAGUCUUGGAGCUGUUUCAAUGAAGGACAUGGGGUCAAAAAACCUGAAAUUCAAACAAGUUUCAAAGAAAACAUGGCUGUUAUCAAGGAACAAUUUCAUAAUUGGACUGCAAUUGCAGAGUCUAACCCACUUUUGGGCAGUGAAAACAAUGAACUGAGAAGAGGAAUAAUGAUAGAAGAUGAUGUCCACCACCCUUUCAACAGCCAUGAGAAUCAAACUGCUUCUUCAAUGCUCCUUCCUAGAGAUGGCAUUGUUCAAGGAUUUUGAGAGAUUUUAUCGAUUUUUAUGCUAUAACUAAGGUUUUUACCAGUGUUUUUAGACCUUGUACAUAUGCCAUCGAACUAAGCAUCCAUGGUUUUUUGCUCCUCAGGGUAUAAAAAUCUUUCCUUGUUCUUGAAGCUAGAUAUCUAAACUGAAAAUUUUAGGUUAAUUUCUUUUUUACCUUUUUGAAGAAUAGAAGCUUCAAAUUUAUAUGUUUAAUUCAACAUAAGGUUUUUGAUUGUCUGGUUUAACAAGGAAAA